AUGCGCGUCGCACUCUCCACAGCAUCCUUCGUGCUGCUUGCAGCUGCAGCUACCUACACAUCAGCGAGCCCGUUGAAGAAGCGUCAGGCUUUCCAGCCAGCAGCGUUCGACACGUGGGUCUGGCAGGACGUGAGCGGCACCCAAUGUGCCGAUGGAAGCUCGACCGGCAUUGCCUACAACGCGCACGCCGACUACAACACCAAAGACCUCCUCAUCUGGUUCGACUCGGGAGGAGCGUGUAGAGAUGCCAACACGUGCUUCUACAACCCCACCGCGUGGAAUCUCAACGGCUACACCAACUACACGUUCCAGAACUACGCGAGGCCAGCUCUGGAAUCGCAGAUCCUCAUGACCACACGCGAUCCUUCCAGGAACAACCCGUGGGCCAACUCUCACAUGCUCUUCGUACCCUACUGCACGGGUGACAUUCACGGUGGGAACAACGUCAUCACGUACCCGAACGCCCCGCGCCCGAUCUACCACAAGGGCUACACCAAUUUCCAAAGCAUCGUUUCACUGGCUUCGAGCUCGGUUCCUUGGAUUGAAAACAUUUACGUUGCAGGAAGCAGCGCUGGUUGCUAUGGCGCCGUGAUCAACUACGUCGCUGUCCGACAGGCUUGGCCGUCCGCAACGGUGCAUCUCGUCGCCGACUCGUGUGAGGGCGUCCCCGGAUUCCUCGACGCCAUACCGAGCUGGAACCUGUAUCAACCUUCAGGAAACAGCUGUCCGGAUUGCGUCCAGGGCCAGUUCAACUCGAUCGUUCCCGCUCUCGCACAGGCCAACCCGCGCAGCAGAUUCGCGGCCAUCUCGUACACCGUCGACGACUUCCUCCCUUACUACAUGGGUACCUCUUUGUCGGAUUUCGCCGCCCUCAUCAAGCAGUACUUCAUCAACAUCACCAACACCGCAGGUAACAUGGCAAAAACCUUCUCCGUCAGCGGACAAGCUCACGGUGUCUUCAUUCGUGAUACACCUGGUUCGUCGACGGAUAGUGCACUAGCAGCUUGGCUCGCAAGCAUGAAGAACCUCGGUUCUAAUUUCACGUCUCAGUCGGUGUAA